AUGCAAGCUAGUACAAAGGAUUGGUCACACAAACUUGAUGAUGCAUUAUGGGCUUAUAGGAUAGCUUUUAACACACCAAUUGGUAUGUCUCCUUAUCGGCGUGUAUAUGGUAAAGCUUCUCAUUUGCUGUUUGAACUGGAGCAUAGGGCGCAAUGGGAUUUAAAGAAGCUGAAUUUGGAUCUGGCUGCUUCGAAUGCAUUAAGGCUAGCUCAACUGAAUGAGCUAGAUGAAUUGCGUCAUGAUUCCUACAAGAAUGCAAGAAUCUACAAGGAGAAGACAAAGAAAUGGCAUGACUACAAUAUUGCCAAUCAAAAUUUUCAGGUGGGAGAUAAGGUACUGUUAUUUAAUUCCCGUCUCAAAUUGUUUCCGGGAAAAUUGAAGUCUCGAUGGUCGGGGCCAUUUAUUGUUACAAAAGUAUUUCCAUAUGGGGCUUAUGAGAUUCAACAAGGUGAUGCUUCAGCGUUCAAAGUCAAUGGACAGCGCUUGAAGCAUUACUAUGGUGGUGAAAUUGAAAAUAAGGUGAAUAUUACACUGGUGGACAGUCAAAGUCAAGACUAA